ACCCUGGUCAUAAUCACUGGCUGUAACCCUGGUCAUAAUCACCCAGACUGUAACCCUGGUCAUAAUCACCCAGGAUGUAACCCUGGUCAUAAUCACCCAGGCUGUAACCCUGGUCAUAAUCAACCUGUUUGUAACCCUGGUCAUAAUCAACCUGUUUGUAACCCUGGUUGUAACCCUGGUCAUAAUCACCCUGGUUGUAACCCUGGUUAUAAUCACCCUGGUCAUAAUCACCCUCACUGUAACCCUGGUCAUAAUCACCCUGGUUGUAACCCUGGUCAUAAUCACCCUGACUGUAACCCUGGUCAUAAUCACCCUGACUGUAACCCUGGUCAUAAUCACCCUGACUGUAACCCUGGUCAUAAUCACCCUGACUGUAACCCUGGUCAUAAUCACCCUGACUGUAACCCUGGUCAUAAUCACCCUGACUGUAACCCUGGUCAUAAUCACCCUGGCUGUGUAACCCUGGUCAUAAUCACCCUGGCUGUGUAACCCUGGUCAUAAUCAACCCUGGUCAUAAUCACCCCUGGUUGUAACCCAGGUCAUAAUCACCCUGGCUGUAAGCCUGGUCAUAAUCACCCUGGUCAUAAUCCCCCUGGCUGUAACCCUGGUCAUAAUUACCCUGGCUGUAACCCUGGUCAUAAUCAACCUGGCUGUAACCCUGGUCAUAAUCACCCAGGCUGUAACCCUGGUCAUAAUCACCCAGGCUGUAACCCUGGUCAUAAUCACCCAGGCUGUAACCCUGGUCAUAAUCACCCAGGAUGUAACCCUGGUCAUAAUCACCCAGGCUGUAACCCUGGUCAUAAUCAACCUGUUUGUAACCCUGGUCAUAAUCAACCUGUUUGUAACCCAGGCUGUAACCCUGGUCAUAAUCACCCUGGCUGUAACCCUGGUCAUAAUCACCCUGACUAUAACCCUGGUCAUAAUCACCCUGACUGUAACCCUGGUCAUAAUCACCCUGGUUGUAACCCUGGUCAUAAUCACCCUGGUCAUAAUCACCCUGGUUGUAACCCUGGUCAUAAUCACCCUGGUUGUAACCCUGGUCAUAAUCACCCUGACUGUAACCCUGGUCAUAAUCACCCUGACUGUAACCCUGGUCAUAAUCACCCUGACUCAACCCUGGUCAUAAUCACCCUGGCUGUAACCCUGGUCAUAAUCACCCUGACUGUAACCCUGGUCAUAAUCACCCUGACUGUAACCCUGGUCAUAAUCAACCCUGGUCAGAAUCACCCUGGCUGUAACCCUGGUCAUAAUCACCCUGGCUACAACCCUGGUCAUAAUCACCCUGGCUAUAACCCUGGUCAUAAUCACCCUGGCUAUAACCCUGGUCAUAAUCACCCUGGCUGUAACCCUGGUCAUAAUCACCCUGGCUGUAACCCUGGUCAUAAUCACCUUGGCUGUAACCCUGGUCAUAAUCACCCUGGCUGUAACCCUGGUCAUAAUCAACCCUGGCUGUAACCCUGGUCAUAAUCAACCCUGGUUGUAACCCUGGUCAUAAUCAACCCUGGUUGUAACCCUGGUCAUAAUCAACCCUGGUUGUAACCCUGGUCAUAAUCAACCCUGGUUGUAACCCUGGUCAUAAUCAACCCUGGUUGUAACCCUGGUCAUAAUCAACCCUGGUUGUAACCCUGGUCAUAAUCAACCCUGGUUGUAACCCUGGUCAUAAUCAACCCUGGUUGUAACCCUGGUCAUAAUCAACCCUGGUUGUAACCCUGGUCAUAAUCAACCCUGGUUGUAACCCUGGUCAUAAUCACCCUGGUCAUAAUCACCCUGGUCAUAAUCACCCUGGUCAUAAUCACCCUGGCUGUAACCCGAAUGUUAUUAUUCAUGUUGCUUUUUGAGGUUUUGAUAGGUGGAAGUUUGGCCGUAUUACUUUGGGUUGACUUGGGAUUCAACAUCAGUUUCUGUGUUAUUGAUUUGAAGACGGUCCUCGAAGGUGCAGGUGAAAUGAUGGGGUACAACGGCACGUUGUGAAAUGAUGGGGUAAAAACGGCACAUUGUGAAAUGAUGGGGUACAAACGGCACGCUGUGAAGUGAUGGGGUACAAACGGCACGCUGUGAAAUGAUGGGGUACAAACGGCACGCUGUGAAGUGAUGGGGUACAAACGGCACGCUGUGAAAUGAUGGGGUACAAACGGCACGCUGUGAAAUGAUGGGGUACAAACGGCACGCUGUGAAAUGAUGGGGUACAAACGGCACGCUGUGAAGUGAUGGGGUACAAACGGCACGUUGUGAAAUGAUGGGGUACAAACGGCACGCUGUGAAAUGAUGGGGUACAAACGGCACGUUGUGAAAUGAUGGGGUACAAACGGCACGCUGUGAAAUGAUGGGGUACAAACGGCACGCUGUGAAGUGAUGGGGUACAAACGGCACGCUGUGAAGUGAUGGGGUACAAACGGCACGCUGUGAAGUGAUGGGGUACAAACGGCACGCUGUGAAGUGAUGGGGUACAAACGGCACGCUGUGAAAUGAUGGGGUACAAACGGCACGCUGUGAAAUGAUGGGGUACAAACGGCACGCUGUGAAGUGAUGGGGUACAAACGGCACGCUGUGAAAUGAUGGGGUACAAACGGCACGCUGUGAAGUGAUGGGGUACAAACGGCACGCUGUGAAGUGAUGGGGUACAAACGGCACGCUGUGAAGUGAUGGGGUACAAACGGCACGCUGUGAAAUGAUGGGGUACAAACGGCACGCUGUGAAAUGAUGGGGUACAAACGGCACGCUGUGAAGUGAUGGGGUACAAACGGCACGCUGUGAAGUGAUGGGGUACAAACGGCACGUUGUGAAAUGAUGGGGUACAAACGGCACGUUGUGAAAUGAUGGGGUACAAACGGCACGCUGUGAAAUGAUGGGGUACAAACGGCACGCUGUGAAGUGAUGGGGUACAAACGGCACGCUGUGAAAUGAUGGGGUACAAACGGCACGCUGUGAAAUGAUGGGGUACAAACGGCACGCUGUGAAAUGAUGGGGUACAAACGGCACGCUGUGAAGUGAUGGGGUACAAACGGCACGCUGUGAAGUGAUGGGGUACAAACGGCACGUUGUGAAAUGAUGGGGUACAAACGGCACGCUGUGAAAUGAUGGGGUACAAACGGCACGCUGUGAAAUGAUGGGGUACAAACGGCACGCUGUGAAAUGAUGGGGUACAAACGGCACGCUGUGAAGUGAUGGGGUACAAACGGCACGCUGUGAAAUGAUGGGGUACAAACGGCACGCUGUGAAAUGAUGGGGUACAAACGGCACGCUGUGAAAUGAUGGGGUACAAACGGCACGCUGUGAAAUGAUGGGGUACAAACGGCACGUUGUGAAAUGAUGGGGUACAAACGGCACGCUGUGAAGUGAUGGGGUACAAACGGCACGCUGUGAAGUGAUGGGGUACAAACGGCACGCUGUGAAAUGAUGGGGUACAAACGGCACGCUGUGAAAUGAUGGGGUACAAACGGCACGCUGUGAAGUGAUGGGGUACAAACGGCACGCUGUGAAAUGAUGGGGUACAAACGGCACGCUGUGAAAUGAUGGGGUACAAACGGCACGCUGUGAAAUGAUGGGGUACAAACGGCACGCUGUGAAAUGAUGGGGUACAAACGGCACGCUGUGAAAUGAUGGGGUACAAACGGCACGCUGUGAAAUGAUGGGGUACAAACGGCACGCUGUGAAAUGAUGGGGUACAAACGGCACGCUGUGAAAUGAUGGGGUACAAACGGCACGUUGUGAAAUGAUGGGGUACAAACGGCACGCUGUGAAAUGAUGGGGUACAAACGGCACGCUGUGAAGUGAUGGGGUACAAACGGCACGCUGUGAAAUCUUCCACCCUCCUUUAAUUUAACUAAACAACGUUUUCAAAGUUUUGGUCGGUUUUAAAUCCAAGACGCAUUAUAGCGUAGGUCACUACAGCCUUUUUAAAGGCAUCUUCCACCCUUCACUGAGAACGCUUUCAGCGCUCUGCAUGGCGGUUUCAAAUGCAAAUGGCUUUAUAAAAGUGCGUUGCGCUAUAACGCACCUUGGACUGAGUCCACGAUUUGGUACCUGCCUUUUUAUAAAUUGAAGUUGAUCACUUAACACAGUAUUUCUUGAGUUUACACCCCCCCUUUGCCCUCAGAACAGCCUCAAUUCGUCGGGUCAUGGACUCUACAAGGUGUCGAGCGUUCCACAGGGAUGCUGGCCCGUGUUGCCUCCAAUGCUUCCCACAGUUGUGUCAAGUUGGUUGGAUGUCCUUUGGGUGGAGGACCAUUCUUGAUACACACAGGGAAACCGUGAAAAGCAAGAGAGCAUUGCAGUUUUUGACACAAACCGGUGCGUCUGGCCAGGGCUGUGGCAGUCAUGAUAUUCUGUCAGCUGAUUAUUGGCAAGCAAAAGACUGCAGGUCUCACGGUAAUUGACAUUAACAUGUUGAUUUUCUCCAGGCCUCCAUUCAAGCUGAUUCACCUUUGGAUCAUCUACAUUUUAAAGGGUAAUAAAUCACCUGAUUAAACACCAUCACAAUAAACUCAUUUCUUUUAGGUCUAACGAAACACUAUAUGAAGAAAAUGUAUUUCAGAAGAACAGAAUAUGAGUUGGCCUACUAUGUUAUCUGGCUAUGCUCCAUGCUAUAGUCUGUAGGCUUGUUCAUUUAGCAGACAAGAUAUGUUUAUAAAUCCUGUACCAUUAUUUUAUAUUGUAAGUGUUUUACAUGAUCAACUUUUUGUGCCAUUGGUAUGCGGACAGCAGGAAUGUCCACCAGAGCUGUUGCCAGAGAAUUGAAUGUUAAUUUCUUUGCCAUAAGCUGCCUCCAUCGUUUUAGAGAAUUAGGCAGUACGUCCAACCGGCCUUACAACCGCGGACCAGCCCAGGACCUCCACAUGCAGGAUCGUCUGAGAACAGCCACCCAGACAGCUGAUGAAACAGAGACCAGCCACCCAGACAACUGAAACAAUUUCUGCCUGUAAUAAAGCCCUUUUGUGAGGAAAAACUCA